CGUAGCAAAUGCACAAGUGUGAACGAGAAAACACUAUUACUUUCAGGAUCGAAAAUUGGAAUUUUUGUUGAAGCCGCAAAACAGCGUUCUAAUAUUAUAUUAACUUCUGUACUUAAAAACAAAUUGAUAUAUGUAUAUAAAAGUCCUUUUAAUGUUGCAAUUAAUAUUGAUAUAUGAACUGAGCACCUUUCUAAACGAAGCCGUUAAUUUACAUUAUAAUUUAUAGUAUUUUUCGAUAUUUUCUACCACAAAACGGAAGUUUAAUAAAAAAAAAAAAAUGUUUCCAAAAUCACCUUUUCUACGUAAUCCUCUUAUGGAGUCACAAAUUCUUCAGCGGAAUCCAAUUCAGCUAGAGGAGUUAAUGAAUUGGUUAUGUCGACCACCUACAAUAACAACAUAUCGCGUAAAUACGCUCCGAACCACUGUACCAGCAUUCAAGCAGAAAUUACAAGAAAUAUUAGAUGAAAGAUAUACACAUCCACCCAAAUUGUAUGAAGUACCUAGUAUUCCAGAGGUACUUUGCAUUUCACCAACAUCGUUUAACGUUGUAGAUAUGAAGCAGAAGCAGUCAGAUUUACAACGUGAGGUUGUAGUUGACAGCUGCUGUGGUGCGGCGCUACUACGCGGCGCUCAUAUCUACGCACCCGGGGUGCUUGCUAUGGAAGCAGGUACAAAAUUAAAUGAGGAGGUUUUGGUCUACACCGAUUUGGCGGGUAAAUGUAAGCAGGGUACAAAUAUUCAAUACGAUUCGGUCGAUAAAAUUUUUUUGGGCGUGGGUGUCGUACGAAUGCAACGACAUCAGAUUUUUGGACCUGCAAAAAGUAGUACUGCCGAGCCUUUGAAAGGAGUUGCAGUAGAGAUGAUUGAAACUAUUUCCGGCGUACCUACCAUUGGUGAUCUGAGCUGCAAUGAAGCUCUUCUGCAAAACUUGCCGUCUAUUGUAUGCGUACGAGUACUGAAUCCUCAACCAGGCGAACGUGUGUUGGAUAUGUGUGCGGCGCCUGGAAAUAAAACAUCGCAUAUAGCAGAGGUAAUGGGUGAUGAAGGCGAAGUAAUCGCGCUCGAUAAGGUAACUAAUAAAAUCUCUAGCAUGUUGGAAAAAAUAACGAGUUUAGCCUUGAAAAGCAUAAGCAUUUAUAAUUUCGACGCUACGAAAGCUUUCAACGCAGCUAAGGAAGCAGAAAACAAUGAACGUUUGGGCAAGCCACCUUUUGCCGCUAAUACGUUUGAUAAAAUCUUACUUGAUGCACCUUGUAGCGCUUUGGGAAAUAGACCGUUGCUCGUGUUUCCGCCGAAUAUGUCACAACGUAUGCUGGAAUCGUACCCAAAAGUUCAGCGAAAAUUAUUUUCCGCAGCAGUGCCAUUGCUAAAGCCAAACGGUGUUUUGGUUUAUAGUACUUGUACAGUGACUGAAGAGGAAAAUGAAGGCAUGGUUGCUUGGGUACUAGAUACAUUUCCACAGAUGAGUUUGGUCCCUGCAACUCCCCAUCUAGGCGACAUUGGUCUUGAACAAACCGCUCUUAGCAAUGUUGAGAGGCAAUACGUACAACGGUUUGGUCAACAAGCAAAAGAAAUCGAAGGAGUUCCCUUUGACACCGUCGGAUUUUUUAUAGCAAAAUUUGUGAAGGAAUAUUGAUUGUCAUGUGUUUAAAGACUGUAAUUUCUUUGAAUAUUAAGCAGAAAUAUAAAUACUCUGUCCGUACCAUAAGUAUUUCUUUGACUUUAAUUAAAUAUUAAAAUUAUGUUAUACUUGCUCAAAA